AAAUGUAAACUUGGGGUAUAAUGACUUUGUAAAGAUUUAUACACAAUACUUUGUACAUUUAAAAUUAUUAAUUAAACACUUGCGAUGAAGAAGAAAUUAAACUUAUAAGUAGAUAUUUACACUCAGUUCUGUUAUGGUACCUUGGUACCUACUUAUUUGCUGACAGGCCGGAAUUUAGAAGUAGGUAGGUAAAUACUAGCCUGAGGUACCUACUUUUGUAAGUUCUAAUAUCUUUAGUCUGCUAAUAGGUACUUAUUAAGUAAUUUAUCAAACGGUAUGUAGGUGAGAGUAAUUUAUGAUUUAAAUCUUCGAGAUAAGUUUCUACUCCUAUUGAGCAAAUAAACCGAUUCUACGUAGGUAAUCUCCGAAAAAAAUUUUAACUGUAAAAACAUUAUUUGUAAAUAAUUAUACUCGAUAUUACAAAUCCUUAUUAAUAUGUAAAUGACGAGGCGAGACGACACAUUCUCGGUCCGUACAUCAAGCUCGAACGUAUCUUUGAAUAAAUCAAUAAGUACAAGAUACCUACAGAUCCAAUAUUUACUACCAGCGCCUUACGUAAUUAUUUGAUCAACUAACGUAACACGUUCCGCAAAAACAAUAUGUACAAUCUUGAUAAUAUAAUUAAAGAACGUUUAAAACCUGAACAAUUAAAACAAUUCAACAAGAUUUACUACGGAAGAGAAGAUCAUUGUAAGUUAAAACUUUUGGAAUCAACAAUUGAAGUAAGUGCAAGAAAUAAUUUUGAUGUGGCGGGCUACUCAUUUAGCGCAGCAAAAGAAGAGGUUAGAAAACCUAAUAUUUUGAGGUUAGGAUUAAUUCAGCAUUCCAUUGCUUUACCUACUGAUAGCCCAAUAUGUGAACAAAGGCAAGCGAUAUUCGAUAAAAUUGAAAAGAUAAUCGAUGUAGCCUCUUCUGAAAAUGUCCGCAUAAUUUGUUUACAAGAAGCAUGGACAAUGCCGUUUUUUCUUUGCACGCGAGAAAAAGAAAGAUGGGCGGAGUUCGUCGAAUCACCCUCUGAUGGUCCUAGUACCUUAUUUCUUAGUAAGUUGGCAAAAAAGCAUGAAAUGGUCAUUGUCUCCCCAAUUCUGGAAAAGGAUGAAGACGGCGUGUGGUGGAACACUGCGGUUAUCAUUGAUGAAAUGGGUAACUAUAUGGGAAAACAUCGCAAAAAUCAUUUACCCAGUGUUGGAAGUUUUAGUGAAACCUCAUAUUAUGCUCCUGGCGACACCGGCCACCCAGUUUUUGAAACAAAGUAUGGAAAAAUUGCAGUAAACAUUUGCUAUGGACGCCAUCAAGCAUUAAAUUGGUUAAUGUUUGCCAUUAACGGAGCUGACAUAGUUUUCAAUCCAUCAGCUACUAUAGCGGAAUUUGGAGAAACGUUUUGGGGUAUCGAAGCUAGAAAUGCUGCUAUUGCCAACAGUUAUUUUACUUGCAGCAUUAACCGGGUUGGUAAUGAAGAGUUUUACGUUCAAAAUGAGAAGAAAUCGAGAACUUAUUAUGGUUCUAGUUAUGUAACAGCUCCUGAUGGAUCAAGAACUCCUGGUCUAUCAAAGGAUAAGGAUGGAUUGCUCAUUGUAGAAGUUGAUUUGAAUUUGUGUCGGCAAAUAAAAGAUAAAUGGAACUUCAACAUGACCGCGCGCUUAGAUAUGUACACAAAGGCCCUUGCGCAAUUUAAGUAAAAUAAAUAUUGUGAACG